UGCUCAUUAAAUGUUCUAUUAAACAGCUUAGUUUGGUGAGGUGGGAAUUGUGUGAGGCAUCUGUGUCGGACUUCAAAUGUUCUCGGCGUCAUUUCGCGUCUCGUCUGUUUUCGGCAACUUUUCCUUUUGCGCAUUGAAUAUAAAAACAACAACUGGAAAUUAUUAUUUGUAAGAACACGCUUCAGUUUUCUCAUGGAUAUUUAUUCCUCAAAAGUAGCACCUGCUGUGGAUUAUGGAGCGGGUGCGUUUCUGCUCGUCAUUGCCGUUCUUUCCAUCGUGGGGAAUUUGAUGGUUCUUGUGAUGGCGUACAAAAGGUCAGCACAGAUGAAACCCCCAGAGAUGUUGAGCGUGAAUCUCGCUGUGACUGAUCUGGGAGCAGCUAUCAGCAUGUACCCUCUAGCUGUUGCUUCAGCGUGGAACCACCAUUGGAUCGGAGGGGACGUCACCUGUAUCUACUAUGGCCUGAUGGGAUUUUUCUUUGGGGCUGCUAGCAUGAUGACACUGACGAUUAUGGCUGUCGUUCGCUUCGUCGUGUCCUUAACGCUCCAGUCGCCCAAAGAAAAAAUCAGCAAAAGAAAAGCGAGGAUCCUGGUAGCGGGCACCUGGCUCUACGCUCUCCUGUGGGCUUUAUUACCUCUGAUGGGCUGGGGAAAAUACGGCCCUGAACCCUUCGGUCUGUCUUGUACGUUGGCUUGGAGGGACAUGAAAGAACACAGUCCGUCUUUUGUCAUCACCAUCUUCCUCAUGAACCUCGUCUCCCCCGCCAUCAUCAUCAUCUCGUGUUACUCCGCUAUUGCAGUGAAACUCUACGUGACGUACAAAUCUAUGGAGAACACCAACCGUUUACCCAACAUGAUAAAGAUCCAGCGACGGCUCAUGGUGAUCGCCAUGUUGAUCAGCAUUGGGUUUAUCGGCUGCUGGGCACCCUACGGUAUCGUCAGCCUUUGGUCCAUCUUCCGGACCAGUGAUUCGAUCCCUGUGGAGGUCACCAUGCUACCCUGUCUGUUCGCCAAGACCUCCACUGUGUAUAACCCUUUCAUCUACUACAUCUUCAGCAAGACCUUCAAACAAGAGGUCAAACAAAUGGGCCGUCUCUGCGGUUUAUCCAACAUGUGCUGCACCUCAACCUCCAGGAACAUUCCAGAGAAUACCAUCUACCUGGUGUGCGAGGCAAACAAUAGCAAACGUGGAACAGAGGAGCAAACGUUCGGAAAGAUAAAAGAGACUGAGACGCAGAUGAUGUCGUAUCAAUAACGCUUCUGUGAAUGUGUCUGUAAAAACACGCUGAAUUUACUUUUUCGAUUGGGUAAUGGCAAAUAUGCAGAAGUUGUUUGUGAACUCGGGAAAGCUCAGGAAAACAAAUGGUUCAGCCAAAGAACAGUUUUUUUCUUUGAAGUAACACAUUUCAUUCGCUUUGAAACCGAAACCAGUGUUGUUUACCUGCGCUUAUAUCACCAUUAUGUCUUUAAUGUAGUCUGAAGCUAUUACAGGUUGUUUACACUUUAUCUCAGUGUGCCACAUGAAAACCACAUUGAUUUAUGUUUUAAUUGCCCUCCAAGGAGAAGAAUUGACUUUAUGCAGGUUGUUUCUCAUCAUUGAUGGGCACGUUUGUACUGAUUCACACACUAAAAACCAUUAUUCUCCUUUGAGGAGAAACCAUACUGUGUUUACAUUCAUUCAUUUGACAAAUGCUUUUAUCCAAAGCAUCAUACACUGCAUGCAAGUUAUAUAUUUAAUCAAUAUGUGCAUUCCAGGGGAAUAAAAACCAUCAAUGCAAUGCUCUACCAAUUUGCUACAAAACUCGCUUUGAAACAGAAACCGGUGACUUACUGUAAAAGUUGCUAACUACGGUAAAGGUAUUUAUGGAGGACAUAUUUUUCAGUUCUUAUAGAUCUUAAAGAUACCUCUAAUGUGUUAUUUUUACAAUGAGAGAAGUAUUUAUCCAGCACAAAAAUAUGGGAAUCUUAAUGUGUUUAAAUUUCUUUAGAAAUUACAGUAUUGUUUCCCAGUCACUUACUGUAGAUUUACAUUUAUGUU